UUUUAAUUUUUCUAAACAUUUUACAAUUUAUUUACAAAAUUUGCAUGGCAAAUGUCCAGUUGGCAGUCCACCUGUCCGAGAGAGAAUCCGCCUAUUUCAAAUUAACUUUAAUUUCAGCUUCACUAAAUUUUCAAUUUAUAUUUAGAUAUCCAUUUACUAAUAUUUUCUUUUAUUUGUUAUCUACUCCUUCCCCCUCCCUUCUUUCUUCCAUUAAAAAUAGCAACUUUUUUCAUUAUUCUUUUUCUCCACUUUUCGGCCUGGAUUUAUUUUUAUACAAAUAAA